ACGUAGCGCUGCGGCGGCGGCGGCGGCCGAGACCGGGUCUGAGGAGCGGCCCUGAGGACAGGCGUUGGGCAGGGGGGGAGGGGCCGGCCCGGCCGGCGGUUGUUACUCGAGCGCCGCGGCUACAGGCCCCCCGCCGCAAGGAUGGACCGCCGAGGCGGCGGUCGAGGCGGCGGAGGUGGAGGCGGCCGGCCCGGAUAAGAUGCUCUAAGCCAUCUGCAGCUCUCUUCAAAAGAAAAGUCACUAAUGUUCUGCUCUUGCCAUAAUACCAAAUCUUUUUUGACUUAUGCUUUGGUGCUGCACACUGGAAGAAUUGCACACAGGUUCCAGAAUAUCUUUUUAAUUUUUUUUUUUAUUUGAGUGGUUCUUUGGAUGGAAAAAGAUUAAAGUCUUAAUGAUUACUGUUUUUUUAAAGCUUUUUCUCCAUAUCUGAAUUGCUUAAUAAAUUGGGCCACUUACCAAUGAGCCACGUGGCCAGUUCCUGUCAGGAGCUGGUUGAAAAUUGUUCUGUGCAUGUAGCGGGGAUGGCACAAGAAGAAAGCCGUCGUGGUCAAGUGCCAUCUGCCUUUUAUCAUGGUGCCAACCAAGAACUUGACCUAUCCACCAAAGUGUACAAAAGGGAAUCAGGAAGUCCUUAUUCUGUGUUAGUAGACACCAAGAUGAGCAAACCACAUCUCCAUGAAACAGAGGAACAGCCAUAUUUCAGGGAGACAAGAUCAGUGUCUGACGUGCAUGCUGUUAAAGAAGACCAGGAGAAUUCUGAUGACACAGAAGAGGAGGAGGAUGAAGAAGUCUCUUACAAAAGGGAGCAGAUCAUAGUGGAGGUAAACCUUAAUAAUCAAACAUUAAAUGUAUCUAAAGGGGAAAAGGGUGUCUCUUCUCAGUCCAAAGAGACUCCUGUUCUUAAGACAAGCAGUGAGGACGAAGAGGAAGAGAGUGAGGAAGACCCCACAGAUGACAGCAAUGAGUAUGGAGAGAAUGAAAGGCAGAAGAAAAAGGAGAAGACGGUGGAGAAAGUUCGCGUUGCACAGAGGAGGACGAGACGAGCAGCUUCUGUGGCUGCAGCUACCACUUCCCCUACUCCUAGAACUACCAGAGGUCGUAGGAAGAGUGUAGAACCACCUAAGCGUAAGAAGCGGGCCACAAAAGAGCCCAAAGCACCAGUCCAGAAAGCUAAGUGUGAAGAGAAAGAGACUCUGACCUGUGAGAAGUGCCCCAGGGUGUUUAAUACUCGCUGGUACCUGGAGAAGCACAUGAACGUUACUCACAGGCGCAUGCAGAUUUGUGAUAAAUGUGGCAAGAAGUUUGUCCUGGAAAGUGAGCUGUCCCUUCACCAGCAAACAGACUGUGAAAAAAAUAUUCAGUGUGUUUCCUGUAAUAAAUCAUUCAAGAAACUCUGGUCACUUCAUGAACAUAUCAAGAUUGUCCAUGGAUAUGCAGAAAAGAAAUUUUCCUGUGAAAUUUGUGAGAAGAAAUUUUAUACUAUGGCUCAUGUACGGAAACACAUGGUUGCACACACAAAAGACAUGCCAUUUACAUGUGAAACCUGUGGAAAAUCAUUUAAACGCAGUAUGUCACUCAAGGUGCACUCCUUGCAGCAUUCUGGAGAGAAGCCCUUCAGAUGCGAGAACUGUGACGAAAGGUUUCAGUACAAGUACCAGCUACGCUCCCACAUGAGCAUCCACAUUGGGCACAAACAGUUCAUGUGCCAGUGGUGUGGCAAGGAUUUCAACAUGAAGCAGUACUUCGACGAACACAUGAAAACACACACUGGAGAGAAACCUUUUAUCUGUGAAAUCUGUGGCAAAAGCUUCACCAGCCGCCCCAACAUGAAGAGGCACCGCAGAACUCACACAGGCGAGAAGCCCUAUCCGUGUGACGUGUGUGGCCAGCGGUUUCGCUUCUCCAACAUGCUGAAGGCCCACAAGGAGAAGUGCUUUCGGGUGACCAGCCCUGUGAAUGUGCCGCCUGCUGUCCAGAUCCCACUUACAACUUCCCCAGCCACCCCAGUUCCUUCUGUGGCAAAUACUCCUGCAGCCCCCACCCCUCCAGUCAACAUGAAUCCUGGAAGCACUCUUCCUCCUCGACCCAUCCCCCACCCCUUUUCUCACCUUCACAUCCAUCCCCACCCGCAUCACCCCCACCACCUUCCAAUCCCUCCAGUCCCUCACCUGCCCCCACCUCCAGCUCUCUUUAAGAGCGAGCCUUUAAAUCAUAGAGGUCAGAGUGAGGACAGCUUUCUGCGGCACCUGGCAGAAAAGAACAGUGCAGCACAGCAUCAUUAACAUCCGUCUCCUUAAGUGUGUUCGUCUGGCAUUAGGGUCCCGUAUGUGAGUUUGCAGUGAGAGAGUGGGUAAGAAUUUCUGUAGCUGUCAGACAUUGCUAAGCCCAACCGGGAGCUUUAUCAUUGUCUUGGUGAAUCAACAGAUCCAAGGGACUGAACAAGAAGACAGCCUUGAACUCACAGAAGGGACUAUCAUCUAAACCAGGGAACCACCGAACUAAAGCCCAAUUUGCUUGCAUUUUAUGGUGACUUUUAUAAAUUCAAAUACUCAGACUUACGGAAUUUUAUAAUUUCAUAUCAGCUGAUGAGGUAUGCUUGCUUUUUAUAUCCUGGACUUCUCCUCAAAGAGGGGAUAGGCCUGGUUUUCUUUGUACUAAUCGGGAAGGCUGUGAGAUUAAUCCAGAGCAUUAAUUGUAUCACUGUGUAUCAUAAUGAAUUCUUUUCAGCUUUUGGUGCUGGCUACAGUGUCAAGCUGGCCAUGUAUCACAGUAUAUCAAGCAUUAUAGAGAAAGAUGAAAAUUUUCUUCUUGUGUAGCUCUCCUAACUCACUCUUUAUUUUACUACAGAAAUUAUUUUAGAGUUUUUGUAUAGACUUCUUUAGUAGUCUGUUUCUAAAAUGAAAUGUAUUUCAAUAAGCGGUGUAAUUUUUCAGUGUAGCUGGACCUAUGUUGUAAAAUAGAAAAAAAUUUUUAUAAUCAUCAAGAUGUGAUUCUUAAAGAUGCGUAUAACUUCUAUAGUUCAAAAUUAUUCUUACAUCCGUACAACUCAAAGGUGCUUCAGAGUUUAGAUGUAUCUGAGAGGGUCUCCAGAUCAGGUUACUAUAAAAAUGAGGUUUUGCUUUCAGAAUUUAGCACAGUUCUUGGUAGUUUUCAUUCUCUCUAUUUAAUACUCAGUUACCUGUUCAGCUCAGUGACAUGCUCCUGUCCUCUCUGUUUCCUUUUGUUUAGUUCACACGUUACAUGAAAUUAUUUGCAGAGAAUUGGGCCUUGUUUCAGGAAUAUCACCUAAGUAAGAGUUUGCGUGUUUUGAAAAUCUGUAAAGCUGUUCACUCUUAAGAGGAGGAAGCAGUAGAGACAGUUUCAUUUCAGUCCCAUAUGUUACUCACUUUAGGAGCUGUGUUCAGAUUUCUCUUUUAUGAGAUGACAAAGUCAGUCUCAUAUAGUAAAUAUACUGCUCAUUUUGCAGUUGCUUUAUUUUUAAAAAAUUACUAUGAGAAGAUAAAAUAGUAAGCUAAAAUCACAAAUAUAAUGUUGCUCAUAGUGGCCGAAGAGAAAUUGGAUAAGAGUACAAACUGGACACUUUCUUUAAAUUAACAGUUUUAUCACUGAAUAUAGCCACAGCUUUGAGCUAUACUCACACAGUUUAAAUUUUAGAGAAAACUUGCCAAAAAACAUUAUUGUUGCCCUGUCUUCUGCAAAUGAUUAUGUGACCUCACGAUUAAUAGUUGUCAGGAGAGCAACCCUCUAAUACCUUUAGAUAGGUUCCUCUUUUUUUUCUUUUCUUUUUUUUUAAGUUUGGGGAACUUUGAAAGAGAAUGGUCAAUCAGGAGCUUAUUAUAGGAAAGGCUGAAGAGAAGGUCAACCAUUCUGGGUAAUUUAACUCAACAAAUUUACCUAGACAUGAUUCAGUACAGCUAACAACUUUGUAAUUCUUCAUAAAGAAGAACUGAGUUCCAAAACUAGAUCUAC